AUGCUGCUGGCCACGUUUAAGCUGUGUGCCGGGAGCUCCUACAGACACAUGCGCAACAUGAAGGGGCUGAGGCACCAAGCUGUGCUGGCCAUUGGCCAGGAGCUGAACCGGAGAGCACUGGGGGACACAAGCCCUGGAUGGAUUGGCCAAGUUCGUCGGAACUCCCUGCUUGGUUCUCGGCUAGAAGAGACACUUUACAAUGACCGAGAGUUAGCCUACAUCCAGCAAGGAGAGGCAGCUAUGCAGAAGGCCCUAGGCAUCCUCGGCAACCAGGAGGGCUGGAAGAAGGAGACCCAGCAGGGGAAUGGAGACCAAGUGCUGAGUAAGGUAGUCCCAGGUGUGGGCAAGGUGUUCCGGUUGGAGGUGGUACUGGGCCAGCCCAUGGAGAGACUCUAUGAAGAACUUGUGGAGCACAUGGAGGCCAUGGGAGAGUGGAAUCCAAACGUCAAGGAGAUCAAGGUCCUGCAGAAGAUUGGAAAAGACACAGUCAUCACUCACGAGCUGGCUGCAGCUGCAGCAGGAAACCUGGUGGGGCCCCGUGACUUUGUGAGUGUGCGCUGUGCCAAGCGCCGAGGUUCUACCUGUGUGUUGGCUGGCAUGGCCACGCACUUUGAGGAAAUGCCCGAGCAGAAAGGUGUCAUCAGAGCGGAGCACGGUCCCACUUGCAUGGUGCUACACCCGCUGCCUGGAAGUCCCUCAAAGACCAAACUCACCUGGCUGCUCAGUAUUGAUCUCAAGGGGUGGCUGCCAAAGACAGUCAUUAACCAGGUCUUGUCCCAGACCCAGAUGGAUUUUGCCAACCACCUGCGCAAACGCCUGGAGUCCAACUCUCAUUCCCAGGCCCGGUGUUAA